AUGGGGCUGCCAGGCACCAAUGACCUGGGGCCAAAGACCACUGCUAUUGACACAGAAAAGCAAGAAUUAGCUUUGCGUCUGGCUGGAGGGGAUGGGCCCUGCUCAGGGCGAGUGGAAGUGCAUUUCAGAGGAGACUGGAUUCCAGUGUCUGACCGGAACUUCACUUUCCCCACCGCCCAGGUCAUCUGUGCACAGCUGGGGUGCAGCAAGGCUGCAUCUGUCCUGGGGGGCAUGCCCUUCAGAGAGUCAGGUGGACGGGUCUUUGCUGAGGAGUUCUGGUGUGAGGGGAAGGAGCCAGGGCUCUGGUUUUGCCCCAGGGUGCCCUGCCCAGGAGGCACCUGCCACCACAGCGGGGCUGUUUACCUUGUCUGCUCAGAGUAUGCAGAAGUGCGGCUCAUGAACGAUGGCAGCUCUCAGUGUGAGGGACAGGUGGAGAUGAGUAUUUCUGGUCGCUGGAGAACGCUCUGUGCCUCCCACUGGAGUCUGGCCAAUGCCCAUGUUGUGUGUCGUCAGCUUGGCUGUGGAGUCGCCCUGUCCACCCCCGAAGGAGCACACACUAGGGGAGGAGCUGACCAGGUCUGGAGGGGCCAAUUUCACUGCUUGGGGGCUGAGUCCUUCUUGUGGAACUGCUCCAUGACUGCCCUGGGUGCUCCCGACUGUGCUGGUGGAAACAUAGCCUCUGUGAUCUGCUCAGGAAACCAGAUGCAGGUGCUGCCCCUAUGUACCCACUCCCCGUCUCCACCAGCAGGCUCAGAAGCCUCAGAAGAGGGUGCCACCAGAUGCUCAGACAGCACACAGCUCCGACUGGUAGAUGGAGGCCAUCGCUGCGCCGGCAGAGUGGAGAUCCUUCACCAGGGCUCCUGGGGCACCAUCUGUGAUGAUGGCUGGGACCUGCGUGAUGCCCACGUGGUGUGCAGACAGCUGGGCUGUGGGGAGGCCCUCAACGCCACGGUCUCUGCUCACUUCGGGGAGGGAUCAGGGCCCAUCUGGCUGGAGGAGCUGCAGUGCACAGGAAAUGAGUCCCUGAUGUGGAAGUGCCCAUCCCGGGGCUGGGGGCGCCAUGACUGCAGGCACAAGGAGGAUGCCGGGGUCAUCUGCUCAGAGUUCCUGGCCCUCAGGGUGGUGAGUGAGGACCAGGACUGUGCUGGGUGGCUGGAAGUUUUCUACAACGGGACCUGGGGCAGUGUGUGCAGCAGCCCCAUGGACGCCACGACCUUGUCCGUGAUCUGCAGACAGCUUGGCUGUGGGGCCAGCGGGACCCUCAACUCUUUUGUUGCUGCUAGGGAAGGGUCUAGACCCCGGUGGGUAGAUGGAAUCCAGUGUCAGAAAACUGAUACCUCUCUCUGGCAGUGUCCUUCUGAUCCUUGGAAAGACCGUUCAUGUUCUUCAGGAGAGGAAGCUUCCAUCUCGUGUGCAGACAGGGAGAAGCUGCGCCUGCGGGGAGGAGACAGCGCGUGCUCGGGCCGCGUGGAGGUGUGGCACGCGGGGGCGUGGGGCACGGUGUGCGACGACUACUGGGGCCUGGCUGAGGCCCACGUGGUGUGCGGGCAGCUGGGCUGUGGCUCGGCGCUGGACGCCCCGCGGGCGGCGGCCUUUGGCCCUGGAAAUGGCAGCAUCUGGCUGGACGAGGUUCGGUGCAGGGGCGGGGAGUCCUCCCUGUGGGAGUGCCCUGCGGCUCCCUGGGGGCAGAGCGACUGCAAGCACGAGGAGGACGCCGGAGUGAGAUGCUCAGGCAGUAGAUCAAACUCAGCUCCAGGCCUGGGCAUCUUCUCCCUGCCCGGGGUCCUCUGCAUCACCUUGGGGGCCCUUCUCUUUCUGGUCCUGGUCAUCCUGGGGAUUCAGCUGCACAGAGGGAGAGCAGAGCACCAAGCCUCACCUGCUUUCGAAGAUGUCAUAGAUGAGGCCUUGUACCAGGAGAUUGAUAACUAUGCUCUGCCAGAAAAGGAGGACAUUUUAGACAGCCCAGGAAACCUGUCUGAUGACUCAAUGACUAAGCUGCCAUAUUACUCAGGGGAUGAUGAGGAGAAGGGAGACCCUGGAUCUUUCCCAGGAAUUGAGGUGCUGCCGAGUGCAAGCACAGCGUCUCCACCAGCAGGCUCUGCAGCCUCAGAGGGGGGCACUGCCAUUUGCUCAGGCCAAGGGCCCCCAGGACCAGGGCAGCCUUCCUCUUCCGGGUUACAUGUCGCCCCCCACCUUGACCUGACUCUCUCCGCAGACAGCCCGCAGCUCCGCCUGGUGGACGGAGGCCAUCACUGCGCUGGCAGAGUGGAGAUCCUUCACCAGGGAUCCUGGGGCACCAUCUGUGAUGAUUACUGGGACCUGCCUGAUGCCCACGUGGUGUGCAGACAGCUGGACUGCGGAGAGGCGCUGGAGGCCACAGUCUUUGCUCACUUCGGGGAGGGAUCAGGACCCAUCUGGCUGAGUGAUCUGCAGUGCACAGGAACGGAGUCCCAUGUGUGGAAGUGCCAGUCCCAGGGCUGGGGGGAACACAUCUGCGAACAUACCGAGGAUGCAGGAGUCAUCUGCUCAGGUAUGGUCAACAGCACACAGAUCCGCCUCGUGAACGGAGGCCAUCGCUGCGCCGGCAGAGUGGAGAUCCUUCAUGAGGGCGCCUGGGGCACCGUCUGUGAUGAUGGCUGGGACCUGCGUGAUGCCCACGUGGUGUGCAGACAGCUGGACUGUGGAGAGGCGCUGGAGGCCACAGUCUAUGCUCACUUCGGGCAGGGAUCAGGGCCCAUCUGGCUGGGAGUGCUGCAGUGCACAGGAACGGAGUCCCACGUGUGGAAGUGCCUGUUCCCGGGCUGGGGGCUCAACAGCUGCUAUCACUCCGAGGAUGCAGGAGUCAUCUGCUCAGGAUUUGUGCGUCUGUCUGGAGGGGUUGGGCCCUGCUCAGGGCGAGUGGAAGUGCAUUCCAGAGGAGACUGGACUCCAGUGUCUGAUGGGAACUUCACAUCCCCCACUGCCCAGGUCAUCUGUGCAGAGCUGGGGUGUGGCAAGGCUGCGUCUGUGCUGGGGGGCGUGCCCUUCAGAGAGUCAGAUGGACGGGUCUUUGCUGAGGAGUUCUGGUGUGAGGGGCAGGAGCCAGAGCUUUGGUUGUGUCCCAGGGUGCCCUGUCCUGGAGGCACCUGCCACCACCGCGGGGCUGUUCACCUUGUCUGCUCAGCAUACACAGAAGUGCGGCUCAUGAACAACGGCAGCUCUCAGUGUGAGGGACAGGUGGAGAUGAACAUUUCAGGGCACUGGAGCAUGCUCUGUGCCUCCCACUGGAGUCUGGCCAAUGCCCACGUUGUGUGUCGGCAGCUUGGCUGUGGAGUGGCUCUGUCCACCCCUGAAGGAGCACGCUCUAGGGGAGGAGCUGACCAGGUCUGGAGGGGCCGAUUUCACUGCUCAGGGGCUGAGACCUUCUUGUGGAACUGCUCUGUGACUGCUCUGGGCGCUCCUGACUGUGGCCCUGGAAACACAGCCUCUGUGAUCUGCUCCGGAAACCAGACCCAGGUGCUGCCCCUGUGCACCCACUCCCUGUCUCCACCAGCAGGCUCUGCAGCCUCAGAGGAGGGCACAGCCAACUGCUCAGACAGCACACAGCUUCGCCUGGUGAACGGAGGCCAUCCCUGCGCUGGCAGAGUGGAGAUCCUUCACCAGGGCUCCUGGGGCACCAUCUGUGAUGACGGCUGGGACCUUCGUGAUGCCCAUGUGGUGUGCAGACAGCUGAGCUGUGGGGAGGCCCUCAAUGCCACGGUCUCUGCUCACUUCGGGCAGGGAGCAGGGCCCAUCUGGCUGGAGGAGCUUCAGUGCACAGGAAAUGAGUCCCAGGUGUGGAAGUGCCCAUCCCCAGGCUGGGGGCGCCAUGACUGUAGGCACAAGGAGGAUGCUGGGGUCAUCUGCUCAGAGUUCCUGGCCCUCAGGGUGGUGAGCGAGGACCAGGACUGUGCUGGGUGGCUGGAAGUUUUCUACAACGGGACCUGGGGCAGUGUGUGCAGCAGCCCCAUGGACGCCACGACCUUGUCUGUGAUCUGCAGGCAGCUUGGCUGUGGGGACAGCGGAGCCCUCAUCUCUUCGGUUGCUGUUAGGCAAGGGUCUAGACCCCGGUGGGUAGAUGGAAUCCGGUGUAGGAAAACUGAUACGUCUCUCUGGCAGUGUCCUUCUGACCCUUGGAAAUACAGUUCAUGCUCUUCAGAAGAGGAAGGUUCUAUCAUGUGUGCAGACAGCACACAGCUCCGCCUGGUGAACGGAGGCCAUCCCUGCGCCGGCAGAGUGGAGAUCCUUCACGAGGGCUACUGGGGCACCAUCUGUGAUGACGGCUGGGACCUGCCUGAUGCCCACGUGGUGUGCAGACAGCUGGGCUGUGGAGAAGCCAUGGAGGCCAAAGCCAAAGCUUACUUCGGGGAGGGAUCAGGACCUGUCUGGCUGAGCAAUCUGCAGUGCAUAGGACAGGAGUCCCACGUGUGGAAGUGCUGGUCCCGGGGCUGGGGACAAAACUUCUGCUUUCAUUCCAAGGAUGCAGGAGUCAUCUGCUCAGGAUUAUCUGUGCGUCUGGCUGGAGGGGAUGGACACUGCUCAGGGCGAGUGGAAGUGUAUUCUAGAGGAGACUGGAUUCCAGUGUCUGACGGGAACCUCAUGUCCCUCACCGCCCAAGUCAUCUGUGCACAGCUGGGGUGUGGCAAGGCUGUGUCUGUGCUGGGUGGUGUGCCCUUCAGAGAGUCAGAUGGACGGGUUUUUGCUGAGGAGUUCCGGUGUGAGGGCCAGGAGUCUCUGCUCCAGCUGUGCCCCAGGGUGCCCUGUCCUGGAGGCACCUGCCGCCACCAUAGGGCUGUUCACCUUGUCUGCUCAGCAUACACAGAAAUCCGGCUCAUGAACGAGGGCAGCUCUCAGUGUGAGGGACAGGUGGAGAUGAGAUUUUCUGGGCACUGGAGCAUGCUCUGCGCCUCCCACUGGAGUCUGGCCAAUGCCCAUGUUGUGUGUCGUCAGCUUGGCUGUGGAGUCGCCCUGUCCACCACCAAAGGAGCACACUCUAGGGGAGGAGACAUCCCAGUCUGGAGGGGCCGAUUUCACUGCUCGGGGCUUGAAUCCUUUUUGUGGAACUGCUCUGUGACUGCCCUGGGCACUCCUGACUGUGGCCCUGGAAACACAGCCUCUGUGAUCUGCUCAGGAAACCAGACCCAGGUGCUGCCCCUGUGCACCCACUCCCCGUCUCCACCAGCAGGCUCUACAGCCUCAGAGGAGGGCACAGCCAGCUGCUCAGACAUCACACAGCUCCGCCUGGUGGACGGAGGCCAUCGCUGCGCCGGCAGAGUGGAGAUCCUUCACCUGGGCUCCUGGGGCACCAUCUGUGAUGAUGGCUGGGACCUGCGUGAUGCCCACGUGGUGUGCAGACAGCUGGACUGUGGGGAGGCCCUCAAUGCCACGGUCUCUGCUCACUUCGGGGAGGGAUCAGGGCCCAUCUGGCUGGAGGAGCUGCAGUGCACAGGAAACGAGUCUCUCCUGUGGAAGUGCCUUUCCCCGGGCUGGGGGAGGCAUGACUGCAGGCACAAGGAGGAUGCUGGGGUCAUCUGCUCAGAGUUCCUGGCCCUCAGGGUGGUGAGCGAGGACCAGGACUGUGCUGGGUGGCUGGAAGUUUUCUACAACGGGACCUGGGGCAGUGUGUGCAAUAGCCCCAUGGAAGCUGUGACCUUGUCCGUGAUCUGCAGACAGCUUGGCUGUGGGGACAGCGGGACCCUCAACUCUUUGGUUGCUGUUAGGGAAGGGUCUAGACCCCGGUGGGUAGAUGGAAUCCAGUGUAGGAAAACUGAUACGUCUCUCUGGCAGUGUCCUUCUGACCCCUGGAAAUACAAUUCGUGCUUUUCAGGAGAGGAAGCUUCUAUCACGUGUGCAGAAAAGAGGCCCAACAGCUGUCCAUCUGCAGCCCCCUGCACAGACAGGGAGAAGCUGCGCCUGCGGGGAGGAGACAGCGCGUGCUCGGGCCGCGUGGAGGUGUGGCACGCGGGGGCGUGGGGCACGGUGUGCGACGACUCCUGGGGCCUGACCGAGGCCCACGUGGUGUGUGGGCAGCUGGGCUGUGGCUCGGCGCUGGACGCCCCGCGGGCAGCGGCCUUUGGGCCUGGAAAUGGCAGCAUCUGGCUGGACGAGGUGCGGUGCAGGGGCGGGGAAUCCUCCCUGUGGGAGUGCCAAGCGGCUCCGUGGGGGCAGAGCAACUGCAAGCACGAGGAGGACGCGGGAGUUCGGUGCUCAGGUGAGUGGGCGACCCUGUUGGGGGCAGAAGAGGGGACUAGAACAAGAUCAGACUCAGCUCCAGGCCCAGGCUUCUUCUCCCUGCCCGGGAUCCUCUGCAUCAUCCUUGCGGCCCUUCUCCUCCUGGUCCUGGUUAUCCUGGGGAAUCAGCUGCACAGAGGGAGAGCAGAGCACCAAGCCUCACUUGCUUUGGAAGAUGUCAUAGAUGAGGCCUUGUACCAGGAGAUUGAUAACUAUGCUCUGCCAGAAAAGGAGGACCUUUUGGACAGCCCAGGAAACCUGUCUGAAGACUCAGCGACUAAGUUGCCGUAUUACACAGGGGACGAUGAGGAGAAGGGAGACCCUGGAUCUGCCCCAGAGCCUCCGGGACAGCAUGUCAGAGCCAUGGGAGACGGUUAUGAUGAUGUUGAAGAGUUUCCUGUUGCUGAAAUUCCUACUUCCCCAGGAAUGAGUAGGAAUCAUUAUUUCCCAGAGGAGGAAGCUGGUGCAGUGUAUUCCCAGCCAGGUCUCUCUCUGCAGUCUCCUGGAGGCACUGUCAUCUCUGGCAUGGGGGAGAAAAGACUCCCAUUGGUCCCGAGACAAGAAGACCCUGGAUAUGAUGAUGUUGAUAUUAGCACCAUGUAG